AUGAAAAAAGCCCUUGGCUUAGCUUUUUUAUUACCUUCUAUAGGAGCUGGAUAUUAUCUAUUUUCCAAAAGAACUCUUCCAGAGCCUACUGGAAAACCAUAUCAGGAGCUUCCAAAAGCUUCUUAUGAAGACCACCCCAAUAAGCAUAUAAUCUCGAAAAUCCCCAAAACAAUCGGAAUUAUCGGUGCCGGUAUGAGCGGCCUUAUAAGCGCCAAAACCUUUAGAACUCAAGGCUAUGAAGUAGAAGUUAUCGAAAAACGUCCAGGACCUGGAGGAGUCUGAUACGAAAAUUUUGAUAAUUCUGGCUUGCAAGGUACAAAAGAUACUUAUUUUUUGCCAGACUACCCUUUUCCAGAUAAUUACCCACCAUUUCCAAGGCGUCAACAAAUAAAGGACUGAAUUGAUGGGUUAGUUAAAAAAUUCGAUUUAUCGCCAUUAAUAAAGUUCAAUACAGAGGUAAAAUCAGUUACACAAAAUCCAGAUGAAACUUGAAAAUUAACAUUUAAGGAUGGGACGUCAAAAAAUUAUGAUUUUCUGGUGGUUUGUUCGGGAUUUAAUGAUAUUCCAAAAAUUCCUCAAUAUAAAGGUCAGGAAAAUUUUAAAGGAAAGAUUUUAUACUUUUUUGUUAAAAUUAUACAGAGUAAAAAUAGGAUUAUGGGAUUAAAAAUAUUGAUAUUUAUUAUUUAAUAAGGAAUACAUAGCAGUGAAUUUAUUAAUGCAAAAGUACAUUGCCAAGGCAAAAAAGUUAUUGUUAUAGGAGCUGGAAAAAGUGCAUUUGAUAUUAUGUCAACUUCAGUUGACUAUGGUGGUGAGGUGCUCGGGCUUGUAAGGAAAAUCGGGUAUGCAUAUCCAGUUAACCCAAAACCAUAUGGAAUCCCAUUUGAAUUUACGACAUAUUCAAGGCUUGCAUAUCUCUGUGGAAUCAUAUAUGACCCAGAAAGCAGUUUUAUUCAUAAAUAUUUCGGCUUCAUUGAAUAUUUAUGACUAAAAUUUGUCCAUCUCCAAUUAAGAUAUGGAAUAAUCAAAGAGCUUGAGCCUGAUGAAAAAGAUUUGCACUUCUUAGAAACUGCUGGAAUAAGAGAUCCGCCAGUCCAAAAGAAAAUUGCUGAUGGGAAAAUCAAACUUAUGAGGGGAGAAAUCGAGGAAAUCAAAGAAAAUGGAAUAAUGGUAAAAGGGAAACUUAUAGAGUGUGACACCAUUGUAUUUGCAACAGGCUUCAAGCCAAAUUAUUAUGUAAAACAAAAAGAAAACGACGGGUUUUGGCUAUAUAGAGAUGUAUUAGUCCCUGGAGUAAGGAAUGUAGCAAUUGUAGGAGCUUUUAUAACAACUUACACAAAUUUAUGAAGUAAUAUACAAGCUUUAUGGCUCGUCGAUAUUCUAAGAGGGAGUUUCAAGGUUGCUUCUAUAGAAGAAAUGAAUAAGGACAUUGACAAGAAAAAGAAAAUCAUGUUUAAAUACUACGAGAACUAUAAAGGCGACCCAAUUUAUAUCAGUUCUCAGCCGUUUUCACCAUUUAUUAUUGAUGAAUAUCUAAAUGAUCUCAAAAUUCAAACCGUUAGAGACGAUACAAUGUAUAAGCAUUGGUUCAAAGCUUUUGAUAUCAAUAACUAUAAAACAGUCGUCACGCAUCAUAUUUAA